AUGCUCUCUGCCCAGCUCCUCGCCCUGCAACCUCACGCGCUCCGGCCCGCGCUGACGCCGACUCGCCGUGGCUCUUCGUUUUGGUCGGAACCGUGGACCGAGCCACUCCUCUUCCAGUCGGCGUGGCGGAUGACGCUCGACAUUCAGAGCGGCGGCGCCCGCCUUGCGGUUCCGUUGGAGAUCACAUUCUCGGACGAGCCUGUCGCGAGUGGCGACUUUCGCUGGACCGUCGAGGAGCCAACUUGCUGCCCCGCGAGGCGGCUCCUCGCUUCAGCGGGCGCGUUUGUCGGCCCUAAAGGUGAGGUGAGCGUCGAGGCCCGGCCGGGCGGCUGGCUAGCCGAGCCGCCCGACCGCUGCGGCAGAUCCGCGCUCCGCUUCUACAUCGACUUUCCCGACGGGGCGCAGCGCAACGGCGCCGCCCUUCCUCCGGGCCGCGCCUUCUUUCGCGCUGCGUGCUGGGAUGGCGCGCAGCUGCGCCAGUUCGAGGCAGAGGCCUCUGCCGUCCGGGCGGAGCUGGAUGCGCUGGGUGCGGCAGCCGAGGCGUCCGCCUCCCUCGGGCUGUCCGCUGAGCGGGCGGAGGCGGCGGUGCCGAGCGAGCGGAGGCAGCUUCUCGAGUACCAGCUCGAGAUUAUCGAGCGAUCGAUGCCGGAGAAGAGGGGGGUGUUCCCAGGGGCCGGUGUGCCACUUUUUCCUUGA